ACACACCUUCCUUGGGCAGAGUCUCUCUUUCAGAAAAGGCCUCUGUGGGCGACUUGCAGAUUGUACCUAGGGCCACUCAGCAGCGCAGCCUUCGAAGACUCAAGGGGUACUGGAGCUCCGAGAGACCAGAGUGACUGAGGAUGGUACUGGUGACCUUGCUUGGACUCAGCUGGUUUUGUUCACCCCUGGCAGCCCUGGUUCUGGACUUUAACAACAUCAAGAGCUCCGCGGAUGUGCAAGGCGCGGGGAAGGGCUCGCUGUGUGCAUCAGACAGGGACUGCAGCGAAGGGAAAUUCUGCUUAGCGUUUCACGAUGAACGGUCCUUCUGUGCCACGUGCCGUAGAGUUCGCAGGAGGUGUCAGAGGAGCGCCGUGUGCUGCCCAGGAACGGUCUGUGUGAAUGAUGUUUGCACUGCAGUGGAAGACACAAGGCCAGUGAUGGACAGAAACACUGACGGCCAAGACGGCGCCUAUGCAGAAGGAACCACUAAAUGGCCAGCAGAGGAAAACAGACCUCAGGGGAAGCCCAGUACGAAGAAAUCACAAAGCAGUAAGGGACAGGAGGGAGAAAGCUGUCUUAGAACCUCUGACUGUGGCCCUGGACUUUGCUGUGCUCGCCAUUUUUGGACAAAAAUUUGCAAGCCAGUUCUACGAGAGGGACAAGUCUGCUCCAGGAGGGGGCACAAAGACACUGCCCAAGCCCCAGAAAUCUUCCAGCGUUGCGACUGCGGGCCUGGACUAACGUGCCGAAGUCAGGUGACCAGUAACAGACAACAUUCAAGGCUAAGAGUAUGCCAAAGAAUAUAAGUUGUAAAAACACGGGACUUGUUGUUGUGUUCACACAGAAUCAAUCCCUGGCACUAAUUUUAUUAUAUUUGUUAUUUUGUUUUCUGAGACAGGGAUCUCACUGUGUAGCCCUGGCUGGCCUUGCACUCAUUGAGAUCUGCCUGCCUCUACCUCCUGGAUGCUUUUUUUUUUUUUGGGGGGGGGGGGCGGGGGCGGGGGAGGAGCUUUCUGAGACAGGGUCUCAAAGUAAGCUAUGUAGGCCAGCAAACUCAUGGCCUCAAACGCAUGAUCCCCUGACCUCAAGUGCGUCUUGGGAUUACAGGCGAGCAUGUUACACUCAGCACAUAAAUAAAGCCCAAUCUCCUAGCAACUGAGACAGACAGCAAGCAGAUACUGAGAUGCUAUACUCUGAUGAGCCAGCGACUUUUGGCUUUGCGUCUACUAUCUACAGUACUGACAGGACUUUACAAUAAAACAGCCCGGACACAGUGACUCAAUCCGUUCAAAUAAAUCUUUUUUAAAAAUUGAAA